AUGGAUGUAUUGGCACAGUCUCAUCAAUUUUUGGACUGUAUUAAGAACAAUUGCUUGGCACGAGGGGGCUACGUUGGGUCAGGGGAUUGCGUUAAUGACUGUGCUUGUGUUUUUCUACAUAACAAAGGAAAUAUUCAUAAAUCUUUCCGAGGAAGUGUGUUGUGUCAAAAGUUCCAUUUCAGUAGCUUAGACGUUGUCCUCAUCUGCAGUUUGUCAACCUUGCAGCUUUUGUAUACCAGUCGUCCAGUCGAUCGGGGGAUCUUUCGUGUUGUAAAUGUACGGUUUGCAGACCUGCUCGCUAUUGCAGAGAUGUACAGGAAUACGAGAGAUGCAGCACAAUUCUUUAGUAUCGAUCAUUUUGGGAUUAUAAAAGUUGUUAUUACUCUUUUUAUGAAUGAAAGCUUUGAGCUUGGUUGAUUAAGCUUAAAGAGUUUAGUAUGUA